AUCAAACGAACUUCCGGUAAAAACAUAUCAGAAGGAAGAUAUUUUUGGAAACUUUUUGAUUUGGGGAUUACCAUGAUCUAGUUCUUCACUGGUUCCAGUCAUGUGAUGAUGAUCUCUGCUCUAGUUCCAGUCAUAUGAUGAAAAUCUCUGCUCUAGUUCUCAUGUGAUGAAGACCUCUGCUCUAGUUCUCUGCAUUAUAAGUUCCAGUCAUGUGAUGAUUCAGAAUCUCAGGUUCCAAUUGUGUGAUGGAAAAGUGUCAUAGACUGUUACCAGAAUCACAGAGAAAUUGAAGUGUUGAGUUUUUCUCUGGUCAGACAUGGGAUGAAAUGUUUUAUGACAAUAAUGUCCCGUUGGAUACAUUCCAUGGGAUGGAAUCAAGUUUAGACCAAAUUCCCAUUGGAUUUGUGAGAUACCUGUAUUUCUGAUUAUGCUCACAUGUAUUGGAUUUCACAGGUUGACAGAUGUAUAUAAUUAAACUGCUAAGGAAUCAGUGCUGUAGUUUAUGCAGCUGUGCGGACUGUAAUCUCAAAUAGACACCAUCAAAAUGGAGGUGACUGGUGUGGUGAACCAGAGGAAUACUUUAUAUCAUAAACUUACUCAUGUAAGACUUUCUCGUCUCAUCAUGACCUUGCUUGUUAUUUUGAUUGCUACUCCAUUAGUAGCUCACUACUACCUCUCAAAAAUAACAAGUGAUGUUGACAGUGGCACGCCAGACCCAAAAUUGAAACGGAAAAACCCUCUUGAUAGAAAAGAUCCAUUUCAUACAACUGAUGUAAAAACACAGUUGAGUGAACUACAUAGAAUCAAAACAUCUGUGAGCAAUGAAUUACGUGAUUUAGAGAGUAAGCGUCAAAAACUGCAAUCACAAAUAUCAAAAUAUCACAUGGAAAUUGAAAAAUUACGUGUAGAAAAAGAAAACUUAGAAAAAGAUAUAAAAACAACCCAAUUAAGUCUGGAUCAGCUACGAUUGGAGAGAGAUGAGUUGGACCAGCGCUACAUUCCGAUAUUAAAAGCUCCUCAACAAAUACUAUUGGGGCCUGAAGCCAAUACUCCCGUUGUACCUCCUACAUCCUCCAUGUCUUGUCAUAUGCAUUCAUGUUUUGACUAUUCUCGUUGUUCUGUUCUAUCGAGAUUCCCUGUGUAUUUUUAUACAGGAAAGGAGCUUAUGGAUUUCGGAACUAUAGAUUCUUUUAUAGAAAGUUCAUUAUCAGAAAUUCUUGGAAAAAUCCAAUAUAGGACGUAUGAUCCAACUUCCGCCUGUGUAUAUUUGGCAGUUGUUGGCCAGGUGAAAUAUCAAAGUAUUGAUUUUAAGUCUGUAGAAAGCGCUCUUCAUAAUUUACCUUACUGGCAUGGGGAUGGCAGAAAUCAUGUCAUAAUAAAUAUGCUCCGACAGCCAGGAAGUGCUGACUUGUUUAUUGGUGUUAAUACUGGACGCGCUAUUAUUGCUCAGACAGCUUUCACAGAAUCCAGUUACAGAGCAGGUUUUGAUGUCUUAAUACCACCUAGUUUAGGCAAAAUAUCUGGAGAUGUUUGGCAAGAACUUCCACCUUGUUCUCCUGUCCGUCGGAAAUAUUUCCUGUCUUUUGUUGGUCAGUAUAAUACUGGUGUUUUACAAACUAAACCAAUUAUAUAUCAGAAUUCCAAUGUGAACAUAGAGUCCAAUGAACUGAAUCAUUUAUUUGAAAAUGGUCAUGGAUCUGAUGAUGUUAAUUAUCAGAAUCGCAACUUACAAUCAAUUAAUGAAAAGAAUUCCAUGCAAGAAGGAGAAGACAUAGACUUUCAACAAACUAUUGUAGAAUAUUUAAAGGAGAUGGAAAAGGCCAGUGACCAUGGUCAAUAUACACAGUUUUCCUGUGAUAAUCCUGUGCCAGGUGCAUUAAUUGGUGAGUGGGCAUUAUGCGGUGCAGCCAACGAACGUCAUGAUUUAUUAGUACAGUCAACAUUUUCUCUCAUAUUUGCCCCGCUGAACACCAGCUUUGUGUCUACAACAGUCUUUCAAAUCCGCCUGUAUGAGAGUUUAAAGUAUGGGGCUGUGCCUGUAGUUUUAGGUGGUCACAUGAGACUUCCAUUCGAUGAAAUAUUAGAUUGGAGAAAAUCAGUAAUUAUGCUUCCGAGAGCUCGUUUAACAGAAGUUCAUUUCAUCUUAAGGACCUAUACCGAUAAUGAUAUUGCGUUGAUGCGGCGACAGGGAAGAUUUGUUUAUGAGACUUACUUCGGUACAUCCUAUAGCAUAUUCAAUACAAUUUUAGCAAUAGUACGAACUAGACUUACCAUUCCGGCUGUACCAGUGGCGGAUGCACCCUCACCUAGUGUUUUCAACACCACAUUCCUUACCCUGAAACUGGACGGACCAGAACCAAAUCCAGAAACUGAUGAGGUGCUUGGGCCCUUAGAAAAUCCUUUUGGUUCUCUCAAGUUUAAACAGAAUUUUACUCAAUAUGUGGCCUAUCAAAUGUUCCAACAUCCGGGAGAUCCUCUACGAAUGUUCCCUAAUACACCAUUUGAGGAAAUACUCCCUUCGGAGGCCAAAUUUCUAGGAUCAGGUUUUGGAUUCCGGCCAGUCAACAAAGGUGAAGGAGGAGCUGGAAAGGAAUUCAGUGAAUCCCUUGGGGGAAAUGUUCCACGAGAACAAUUCACAAUUGUAAUGCUGACCUAUGAGCGGGAGACUGUCCUGAUUGGUGCCAUACAAAGGCUGAAGGGACUACCAUUCCUCAACAAGGUCCUGAUAGUUUGGAAUAACCCAGUCCCACCAUCUCCUGAACUUAGAUGGCCUGAAAUAAACGUUCCCAUACUGAUAGUCAAAACUGCCAGAAACAGCCUUAACAACCGCUUCUUGCCAUUUGAUGCCAUAGAAACAGAGGCGAUUUUGAGCAUAGAUGAUGAUGCUCAUCUUCGUCAUGAUGAAAUAAUAUUUGCAUUCAGGGUAUGGCGGGAAGAGCGUGACCGGAUUGUUGGAUUUCCUGGGCGGUUCCAUGCCUGGGAUGUACGCUCCAAUGCCUGGCUGUACAACUCCAAUUACUCCUGUGAACUGUCCAUGGUUCUCACUGGGGCAGCCUUCUACCACAAGUAUUAUGCCUAUCUCUAUACCUACUCCAUGCCACAAGCCAUUCGCAAUAAAGUGGAUGAGUUCAUCAACUGUGAAGAUAUUGCCAUGAAUUUCUUGGUUUCUCACAUCACUAGGAAACCACCAAUAAAGGUGACUUCACGUUGGACCUUUCGCUGCCCUGGAUGUCCGCAGACUUUGUCCAAUGACAGUUCUCAUUUUGAGGAGCGCCACAAGUGUAUUAACUUUUUUGUAAAAGUGUAUGGCUAUAUGCCGUUACUCUACACCCAGUAUCGAGUGGACUCUGUACUCUUCAAAACUCGCCUUCCUCAUGAUAAACAGAAGUGUUUCAAAUUUAUUUAACUCAUUAUUUCAACAUUUAAUUCUAAAAACUUUAUUUACAACAUAUGGAAUGAUCUGAGCCGGCCUUGCUUUGCAGUUAUAUGUUGUUGUAUUAUUAUGUAAGACUGAAAAAGAUUGUACAAUAACACAUUUUAAUAAAUAAUUUGCACUUCACCAAAGCUAUUCAGGGAAGAUAAUGAACUCUUUUAAAUUUGUAGAGCAUUAACUCUAAGAUGGGAAGUUUUAAUGCAUUAAGGCUGCAGUAGCUUACCCAGUUUAUAUAUGUGUCCCGGCUUUAAUAUUUAAUCAUAUUUAAAUUCAUGACCUAGUGCAUGUAUGAGACUUGAAUAUGUGACCUAGUUUAUGUAUGUGACCUAGUUUAUGUAUGUGACCUAGUUUAUGUAUGUGACCUAGUUUGUAUAUGUGACACAGUUUACAUAUGUAACCUAGUUUUUGUAUGUGACCUAGUUUGUAACUGACCUAGUUUUUUGUAUGAACUAGUUUUGAAAGUGACCUAGUAUUAUAUGAUCUAGUUAAUAUUUGUGACCUAGUUUCAUGUAUGUCAUCUAAUUUGUGUAUGUGACUCAAGUUUUGUGUAAAAUAGUUUUGCAUUUGAUCAAAUGUUGUAUGUGACCCAGUUUAUGUAUAUGACCUAGUUUAUGUAUGUGACCUACCUCGUAGUUAAUAUACAUGAGCUAGUUGAUAGAUAUGAUCUAGAUUAUUCUUGUGACCUAGAUCAGGUAUCUUGAUCCAGUUUGAUAUGUGACCUUGUUUAUCUACUUUAAUGUACGUCUGGACAUUUGAAUAUUGACAAACUUUAAAAUGUUUUCAGGACUGAUAUCCUUGUGAAGAUAUCCUACACCACUAUGUAUAUACACAUAGGUAUGAUAUACCAAACCAAAUCAGGUAGUUAACCUAGCUUUAAACAAAUAGAGAAGUGUUAUCCAUUGUAUUCACUAUCAAUAGGCUAAGUUUGUGAUUAAGUUUCAGAAUGUUAGGUGUCUGUCCCUCCGUCAAACUGACUUUGAGUUUAGAGGUCAGAAUAUUAGAGAUAUGUCCCUCUAUCACUUAACUAAUUUUGAGUUUAGGGGUCAGAAUAUUAUAGAGAUCUCCCUCUAUCACUUAACUAAUUUUGAGUUUAGGGUCUGGAUAAUAGAGAUCUGUCCCUCUAUCACUGAACUAAUUUUGAGUUUAGGGUCUGGAUAUUAGAGAUCUCCCUCUAUCACUGAACUGAGUUUGAGUUUAGGGUCUGGAUAUUAGAGAUCUCCCUCUAUCACUGAACUAAUUUUGAGUUUAGGGUCUGGAUAUUAGAGAUCUCCCUCUAUCACUGAACUGAGUUUGAGUUUAGGGUCUGGAUGUUAGAGAUCUCCCUCUAUCACUGAACUAAUUUUGAGUUUAGGGUCUGGAUAUUAGAGAUCUCCCUCUAUCACUGAACUAAUUUUGAGUUUAGGGUCUGGAUAUUUAGAGUUCUCUCCUUUCCCUCUAUCACCAAUCUGAGUUUGAUUUUAGGGGUCAUGAUUAGAAUAUUAGAGUUCUCUCCCUCUAUCACUAAACUAAUUUUGAGUUUAAAGGUCAGAAUAUUAGGGAUCUGAGUUUAUGUAGGGGUCAAGUUGGUGCUAAAAUAUAAUGAAGUUAACCAUAUUAUACUGACAUAGUUGUACUCUGGUAUAUGCCAUGUAGUAGGUUAAUUCAAUCAGGGUUAAUUUGGCCAGUUUUGAUAAUUGUUUGAUUUUACUGUAAUUUCACCAUUUAUUGGGGAAAUAGAAAUUGCCAUUGUUUUCUUUUUGUUUUUUGUUUUGGCUCACCUGGUCCAAGGACCAAGAUGAGCUUAUGCCAUACCAUGGCGUCCAUCGUCCAUCCUUCUGCUGUCAUUUGUCGUCCUUCCCACAGCUUUGUCAAAUGGGUUAUGGGGAUUCAAAAUUGUACAAAUGGUCACGACUGGGUCAUCAUUUGGUAAAGAGGAACCAGUUUUGUAUCAAAAAUUGGUCUAGGGCAUGAGGGGGUAAGGCCUAUUUGGGGAAAUUUUGCUUUUUCUUCUUAAUUUUUUUUUCUGCAGAAAAAACAGGAUUUUUGUCAAAAUUUGGUCUGAAGCAUCCUUGAGUGAAUGGGAACCAAUUUUCUAUAAACAGCAGGUCUAACACUGUGGGGUCUGAGGGGCGGGGCCCAAUAAAGGAAGUAAAGAUUAAUUACUAAUGUUGAGUACUUUUUAAUUUAAUUUGCUAUUAAUCUUCUUUUGCAACCAGAAAACUCAAUGUUAAAGAAAAUAGUUGUCUUCACUAUAUGAUACUGAAUGGCCGAUCACAAACUGGGAAAGAAGGUAUUUGUGAUUAUGUAACUUAAUACUAAUAGAAGUGUUUUACCAUAAACACUAAAAUCACUAAAAACACUAAAUCAAGAAUCCUGGAUCCACGCCUUUGCUAUUAAUUACAGUGAAUAUAUUUACAAGUAAUCUUUAUACCCUAUCAUUGUAACAAACUGAAGUAGUUAAAAGCAUUUUAUUACUGUGUACUAUUUAUAUUGAGAUUUUGAAGUUACCAUGACGACAGAACAUCUUACUAUUUGAAAUUUUCCUUUAUUCUCGUGUGAUUCAUACAGGUUUUUGAUGUCAACUAAAAACUGUUCAGUGCAUGGACAUUUCUCUGAAAGCAAACAAUCUUACUUCCUGCAUUGCUGGUAUUAUUUAGAGAUUAUGGUAAUGAGAUAUCUCAGGGCAUACUAUAUUGGAAAAAAUAAAGAAAAGCAUUAGGAAAGUUUAUUGGCAUAUAUUUUUAGCAAAUAUUAGUAUUAUGAUACAGUGCAUGUAAAUCACAAAGUAUUAAUGACAUUUUUAAAUUAGUACAAUGUAACAAUAUAUAAUUAAUUCUUUAAAGUAUUUGAUAAUAUAAUCAUAUACAUUGUAUAUGUACCAAGAGCUAGUGAUCUGUGGUCCCUGGUAAGUCCAUGAAAAAAUGGUCUGUACCGGGGUAAGAAUCCAGGAGAUGUCAUUUCAUUUCACUCGGCUACAACUUAGACAUCCCAGGGGGAUGUUCUCAAUUAGCUUUGUCGAUUUCUUAUCUUAUAUGAGAAAACAAGCCUAGAACAAUGAUGACAAAUUAUAUAUAGCCUAUGCUUUAAUUGAAAUUCGCAAGAGUUUUCAUUUAUCUAGAUAUUCGUGUGUAUUUUGGCCGAGUAUUUAUAGGAACGAGUCCGGGUUGUCGUGAACCGUUGUCCAAUACUGCAGCACAUGUGAUAAACGCCACAUUAUAUUAUGUUAUUAUGAACUGCCGAUGCCUUUUUAUAUAUAAACAAAUUUCAACCA